CUGCGCACUGCCAUUGAUGAAUAGAAGAAGAACACAAAACCUGGCUCGAAGAAGACUCUGGAGGAAUCAUGGCGGUGGAUAAGAAAGAUGCGCGAUCAGGAAAAGCUCCUAAAAAAGAGUCCCAGCCUUUAAUUAUCGCCAAAACUCCAGCAGAGGAGCAGCGUUUAAAGUUGGAGAGAUUGAUGCGAAACCCCGAUAAACCUGCGUCCAUUCCAGAGAAACCAAAAGAGUGGAAUCCUCGCGCUCCACCAGAGUUUGUGCGGGAUGUGAUGGGUUCCAGUGCUGGAGCAGGCAGCGGUGAAUUCCAUGUGUAUAGACAUCUGCGCCGUCGGGAGUAUCAGAGACAAGACUUCCUGGAACGAAUUUCUGACAAGCAAAAGCUGGAUGAAGAAUAUAUUGAGAAGGUGAAAGAAAACCAAAAGGCUGCUGAAGAAAGAACAGCUAAACGCAGAAAGAAGAGGGAAAAGUUGAAACAAAAGAAGCUGAUGGCCAAGAAAGCCAAGAUGGAGAGCCAGAAAGAAGGAGCAGGCUCAGAGGAGAAGUCAUCAUCCUCUGCUUCUGAAGAAGAAGAGCAAGAAGAUGAUGCAGAAGUGCCCAGCUUCAUCAUGGGGAAGAGGUGACCGAAUGAAAGGAUGGAAGUAUCCAGCAUAUACUCCCCCGUACAAAACCAGAAACGCCUCCAGCAGGGAACGUUUAGUGAUCUGUGCGUAAAAAUACUCAAAACCAGUCUGGAAUCAAUGUUUCAGAAGUGCAUUCAUCCUUCGUGCUUGAGUCAGCUGUUCAACAUUUGAGGUGGACAUUGGAAAAGCUGAAUGUUUUUCUUUCAUUGGAGUGCUGAUGAUAAAAUAAUGUGACCAGGAUAGACUUUUAUUCUGUUGUAAAUAUGUAUUUUGUUUUAAUAAACAACAAAGGGAAUAAUUGUGGCAUUUCAGUGUUUCAUGGAAC